AUGCCUCCUCCACCUCCUCCACCGCCUCCUCCAAUGGGUGGUCCUCCUCCUCCAGGUCCUCCUCCUUCAAUGGGUGGGAAAAGUUCAAAACCUCCAUCAAAUCCAAUGGCUGGAAGAGAUGCUUUAUUAGGUGAUAUUAGAAGUGGUACAAAAUUGAAAAAAGCUCAAACUAAUGAUAGAAGUGCUCCUAAAGUUGGUGGGGGUCCAACUGAUUCUUCCUCAUCAAGUGCACCAACUCCAAUGGGGAUCCCACCAUCAAUUCCAUCAUCAAGACCAGGUAAUAAUUCAGAUUCAAGUGCUGGUGCUCCAUCUGCUCCUGCUGUUCCACAAAUUGGUGGAUUAUUUGCUAAUGGUAUCCCUAAACUAAAGAAACAUGUUGUUACAAAUGAUCAUAGUUCCAAUACACCAAGUGCUCCAUCAAUUCCAAGUCUACCCAAAUCAAGACCUUCCAAAGAUACAAAUUCAACUCCAUCAUCAGCUCCACCACCACCUCCAGUUCCAAAUGUAGGAGCACCGCCAAUCCCAGGUCAGAAUAAUUUAAAAGUUCCACCAAGAAUACCUAAAAAAAGUGAUCAUGUUCGUCAAAAAUCUACAAGUUCAAUAAAUUCAAUAUCAAGUUCAAAUUCAAAUAAUGGUGGUCCACCUCCAUUACCUUCAGGUUCAGCACCAUCAAUCCCAACAUCAAGACCAACAAAACAAGCUCCAUCAAAUGCUGCACCACCUCCACCACCAGGUCCACCUCCACUACCAGGAUCUUCAGCUCCAAGUAUUCCUUCAUCAAGACCAAAUCGUUCAUCAACAUCUAUACCAACAGCUCCUUCAGCCCCUGCAGCUCCUCCACCACCACCAAUGGCACCACCUGCUCCUUCAUUACCAUCUAGUGGACCUCCACCACCUCCUCCAUUACCAUCAACAAAUGCUCCUCCAGCUCCUCCAGCUCCUGGCCCACCACCACCACCAUCUAUCCCAGCUCCAUCUUCAAAGAAAUCAUCAACACCAGCUCCAACACCAAAUAUAGGAGGUGGUUUACCAUUCUUGGCUGAAAUUAAUAAAAAAAGAGAUGAUUCGUAUGUUGUUGAUUCCAUACCAUCAGGAUUCUCAGCUUCAGAACAAACACCAAGUGCUUCAAGCGCUCCAAGUCCACCAGUUCCAAGUCCACCAAAACCACAAUCAUCAAAUACAGGAGGAGGAAAUCUUGCAGAAAUUAUAGCAGCAAAAGUUGGAAAUAAAAAUAAAUCACAAGCUCCAACUCCAAUUGCACCACCAAUUCCAUCCAUAUCAAAACCAUCAACUCCAUCAAAUGCACCACCUACUCCUCCACCACCUGCCCCUGUUACAUCUGCUCCUUCAUUACCUUCUGCUCCUCCUCCACCUCCAAUGGCUCCACCACCACCAUCUAUACCAUCAACAUCAAAUACAUCACCGGCUCCAUCAGCUCCUCCAACUAAUUUAGGAGGUGGUUUACCAUUUUUAGCAGAAAUUCAAAAUAAAAGAGAUGAUAGAUUUGUUGUUGAUGAAACAUCUUCAGGAAAUUCCACACCAAACCCAUCAGGUCCACCUCCUCCUCCUCCACAAUCAUCUGCUCCAUCAUUACCUAGAGCUUCUGCUCCACCUCCGCCACCUGCUCCUGUUCCAUCUGCUCCAUCAUUACCAAAAACAUCUGCUCCACCUCCACCACCUCAACCUGCUCCUCCAUCACAAGCACCUCCACCACCAGCUUCACCAUCGAGAGUAUCUACAACUUCAUCAUUUGGUAAAUCUGCUCCUCCUCCACCUCCAUCACAAGCUCCACAACAACAUGAGUCUCAAAAUCAACAGCAGCAACAUCAUCAUCAUAUACCAGGAGGAUCAUUUAAACAACGAUUAUUUGGGAAAUCAGCAGCUUCACCACCUUCUUCAUCUCAACAACAAGAAAUUUCAUCAAAUACCAAGAUUGAUAGUUCAUUAUAUACAAUAAAUGGAGGAUCAAAUAAUGAAAGGAUAAAAAUUGAUGAUUCAAGAUUUAAAUUUAUAAAUCAGAAUGAUUUACCUAAACCAAGAGUAUUUGAAGGGAAACAAAAAUUAUAUCCUUCUGGGAGAGGUAGUUCAGUUCCAUUAAAUUUAAGUUUAUUUAAUUGA